AUGACCUCUCGCGAUCCCGGUGCUCUUGUCAUCUCCACGCGUCAAUCCCGUCUUGGUUCUCCUCAUAUCCCUGCCGACCACAUCCAACUGCGAGUCACCAUGGUGGAAGCUAUGGACGACUCCGCAUUGUUUGCAACGCGCCUCUCGUCGAUCCGUCUCUUCGCGCUUCUUAUGGAACGAUUCCAAGCCGUCUACGGCUGGCUUACUUCAUGGCCGAAGUCCCUUCUCCUAAUCCGCAAUGUUCCCGAUCCACCGUCCACUCUUUCCAUCCCAACCAUCGACCCUCCCGACUUCUCCUCCGAUAUCGUUCCUCUCCAACCAGUGUCCGUAGUCACCAAUCACUUAGAAUUCCUACGCGUUCACACAAAUGAUCUCCACACGCAAUACUUACGAAUCCGCGAUCUGAUUGAGAAUUUCGAAUUUCCCUCCCUCUCCUACCGUCUUCCUUUCACUGUUCUUCGCCGAAUCGUUUCCCAAUGUCUCAUUUCGUCUAUACGUCCGCGAUUAUCCUUCCAACCAAUAUCCAAAAAAGAUGCAAAAUCACUCGAUCUCCUGAUAGCCAAGAAAAUCCACGAAUAUCUCUCCUUUCCCUUCGCAUUCAAUUCCACUCUUCUUUCGCUUCCUCUUUCCCUUCAUGGUUUUGACUUUCCAUCCAUCACACGUAUCAUCGAUGCCUGCGCUCUUCAAGGCCUGCAGCGUGACCUUAAUCACCACGUACCCUCCUUCCGUAUGAUGGCCGAUAUCACGUUAGCUGACUGGACGUGUUCUUUUAAUCAUUGCUGUUCCCCUCUCGGUUCCUCUUCUGCCCUCGGCAAUUCUCGCCCUUCAUUCACUCGACGUCGUAACCUACUCCCUUGGGCUUGGAUCUUGGCGCACAAUGUCAUGUCCGAGCUCAAUGUCUCCUUCCGUCACACCGACCAAUCACACUUAUUCCUUGGUUCUGUUGUUAUUUCUCAUGUCUCUCGAUCUCUUUCUUCUCAACAUACGCUUUCCGCACACAUCAUCAACUCCCUCACACGCCUGAAUAUCCUUUUUCUCUCUCAAAUUGCUACUUGGACAUACACUACUCACCCUAUCUCACAACCACAACCUACUUGGUCCCUUUCCCCUCGUGACGAUGUCUUGAAUUUCCUUUCCAACAAUAUCCCCGCACACCAAACUACCGCACUCUCCACGUGGCUUCACCACCUAUCUCUCGCCCACAUCACCUACGGCCUUGACUCUUCCCUAGCUAUUCCCCGUCAUCUACGACAACACGAGGCUGAACAUCAUACACUCGCACUCCUCCGGGCCUCUCCACUUCCUCCAUUCGCAUCCCCCACUCCUAUUCUUGCUUCUGAUGCCUCUAUGAUCCCUCCAUCCGUACCGCUACACCAAUCUCGUUCCGUCACCCCAGCCGUUUCCUCUACGUUUGGUUCCGUCACAGCAUCCCUCCAACCACUACGUAGAAGUGCAUCCACUCUCCAUGGUGAAGUUUAUGGUUUGAUUACGGCCGUUGUCUUACUCCGAUCCGAAGCUCCUCACUCUCUAUCUCAUUCCCUACCUCCUAUCAUUACCGAUCAUCUCAAUUCGACUCGUCUCAUUUCCGAUUCCUUCAUCCAAUCCAAACCUCCCCUCUCGUGGUCCGCUCUACCCGCCCCCUCCCUUCCAUUGCCGACGCACAUGCUGAUCAUUGUGCUUCUUCCUCCCAAUAUCACCCGCUCUCCAAACCAACCCAUGCCUAUCCAUACCUUUUUUAUGGAUCGUUACACUCCGUUCACUGAAGCAGAUGGAUUUAUAGAGUACAAUCUCGCUUCCUUCGUUCAUCGCUUCUCCGCACGUUCAUACGCCUCCGAUCCCGCUUUCCAUCCCAACCGGACACACCUCAAACUGCUCUAUGACGACCACUCUCUACCUGACCACUCGUACACCCGCGCCUCAUCCGCUUACUCCGCCAUCGUCCAAUUGUACUCCCGCUCCUCACAACUACCCACUCCAGCUCUACUAUCUGCGAGGCUUCGAGAUGGCGCCGAAAACUGUAGGCGUUCCCAAUGCCAUCUCGAUCGGCGCGCAUGGGUUCUUGAUAACCAACACCACAUCUUCGUCACUUGCCCGUCGUUCCAACAUCUCCGCCAACAAUACCUCCAUAGGGUCCUCGAGGAGACUACCAAACUGCUCGAAGAGUUCCAACUACUACCCACCACCCACUCCGCUCUCCUUCGAGCAGCAUCCACCCUCUUCACUGAUGACGCGCAGACCCGAGUAUCGCUCGCGAUACUACCUAGGCGUCAUCCCCUCGGUGGCUCAUCUAUCACCGAAUGGAGUACACCAAACGACCAAGGAGAUGAAACGGUUCACGCAUCGUGUUGCCCAUCUAUGACACACAGUCGCAAUCCAGCUAUCCGGGAGAAUUUGGGGAGAAUGGUCCAGGCAGAAUAG